GGCUUAAUGUAGAUCUGACGUCCACUUGUGAGACAAAUGCAAGACAAGUAUAAUAUAAUGCCUGGCCCAGCUGCCGCCCAGAAUCGUCGCAAGUCGCCGCAUCUUGUCCUCCAACCAUCAACUACCCGCCAUGUCCAGCUCAGCUGCAGUUUCUACGUCUGGCUCGCAGCAUCCGCCAGGCACAAUCGUGCACCUCAUCACUUUGAAGUACGCGCCUCAUGUGUCUGAAGAGGCGAAGCAGGACACUGCGGCGGACUUUCUGGCACUCAAAGACAAAUGCCGCCUGCCUGACGGUACGACAUACAUUCAGUCCUUCGAUGGAGGGCCGAACAAUUCGCCCAUAGGGCUCGAAAAGGGCAUGGAGUAUGCGUUCGUGCUCACGUUCAAGUCUGGCGAGGCGCGCGACUAUUACGAGGCCGAGGAUCCUGCGCACCAGGCGUUCAAGGCGGUGAUCCUGCCUAACAUUUCCGACAUAUCUGUAUUCGACUUUGAGACCGGAGCCUUCGCACGACGCACACUGGGGUGAAGAGCUUAGCUGAAUGACGCGCCACAUAUUAGAUGUCUAACAAAGCUAUGAUACUGUUGAUGUAUCCGGCAUGAUGAGUUUCUCUGUCUUUAGAGCUGAGGAGCAUCGAAGUUGACCAGGCCGGCUAUCAUUUCUACUCGCUAUCUUCUGGUUCAUGUCUGUAUGUUUUU